UUCAAAGUGUUUAUGUUGUCCAUGUAUCAGAUGUUUUGAGUGUGGGAGUGCGGAGUGAAAUGUGUGCGAAUGAUUCUGAUUUACGAAGAAUAUAUGUUUAACAUCUGUUGAUCGUGACGAAAGUGCAGAACAUGGAUGCAUUUCCGAUCUCUACUUUGAGUGGUUCGAGUGACGACGACAGCUCAGAUGAAGAACAGAAUGAUUCCCAGAAACGACGCCGUUCCACCGUUAGUACUGAGGGACGCAGUGUUGAAUCUCAAGGCGCUCAAAGCUCAGACGAUUCAGAGUCGCCGCUGAAGCGGCGUCGGUCAGAUGAUAGUGGCGGUUACGAUAGCAUACACCGAAGUUCCGAUGAAGACUCACAGAAAUUUAGGAAACGACCCAGACUUAGUAGUGGUGGUCUGGGUUUUUCUUCUCAAGGUCUGUCUGAUAAUGAGUAUUCAGAUCAGAGCCCAACAGCAGAUCGACUGCAGUAUCAGUUUGGAGAUGAAGACAGAAGUGUUGCCUCAAAAAUUGUUAAGGAGGCAAAACCAGCAGCGUUCAUGGACAACAAGAUUAAGAAAAUGAUGGAAUCAAUGGGCUACAAGGCUGGCUUGGGCCUGGGAAAACAUGAGCAGGGUCGUGUUGACCCAGUGGAAAUGUCACGUCAGCGAGGUCGCAGAGGCUUAGGUCUGCGUAUUGAGGGUCUUGAAGCUGCUACACUUGAAUGGGAUAGUUCCCUUGAGGUGGUGUCAGUAGAAGAAUUUCCAAAAUGGCUGAAAGAUUCGAAUUAUGAACCUAUUUCACUUGAAGAGUUAGGCACUUGGAUGAAGGAGGGCCAGCGAAAAUUGGUUAUAAAUGAUGAAACUAAUUUUUGUGAUCCAAAUUUAUUAAGGAAUGUUCUCAGUUCAAAGAGUGUUUUUGACAAAUUGGAUGCAAAUGAAAUGCUGAAGGCAAGGUCUCGAUCAAACCCAUUUGAGACUAUUCGUGGUGCAAUCUUUUUGAACCGUGCUGCAGUGAAAAUGGCGAACAUGGACAAAGUGUUUGAUUUCAUGUUCACAAACCCUCAUCAUGAAAAUGGUAAACCGCAGCUGGGGCCACAUGACUUGCUUUAUUUUGCCGACGUCUGUGCUGGCCCUGGAGGUUUCUCUGAAUACGUAUUGUGGCGAAAGAAGUGGCAAGCCAAGGGUUUUGGCUUCACGCUGAAAGGUGAUCAUGACUUUCGGCUGUCUGAUUUCUAUGCUGGACCCUGUGAGACAUUUGAACCUCACUAUGGAGUUGGUGGCACUGAUGGAAAUGGUGACGUUUUUGAUCCAAAUAAUAUAGAGGCAUUCACUGAGUUUGUACAUGCACAGACUUCUGAUUUGGGAGUUCAUUUCAUGAUGGCAGAUGGGGGGUUUUCAGUGGAGGGUCAAGAGAACAUUCAAGAAAUACUGUCUAAGCAACUAUAUCUUUGUCAAUGCUUGGUUGCUCUCAGUAUUGUCAGAACAGGUGGCCAUUUUGUUUGCAAACUGUUUGACUUAUUUACACCAUUCAGUGUAGGGCUUGUGUACCUGAUGUACAAAAGUUUUAAGAUGAUUUGCAUACACAAACCCAACACAAGCAGACCUGCCAAUUCAGAAAGGUACAUUAUCUGUAAAUGGAAGAGAACUGAUUGUGAUGAUAUUCGUGAAUACUUGAUGGAGGUGGCAAAACAUUUAUGGAUUCAUAAGUUAUCAGAUGAUAAAGAUAUUCUUGAGAUUGUGCCUCUUGCUAAAUUAAAGGAGGAUAAAGAAUUUUUUGACUAUAUUGUCGAAUCAAACAACAGCAUUGGUGAACGCCAGGUUGUUAAUCUGGUGAAGAUAGCUGCAUUUUGCCGGGACACAAAUUUGACAGAAAGUCGUCAGUCAGACAUUCGACGAGAGUGCCUGCGUUACUGGGACAUCCCAGAUAAAUCAAGAACAGCACCACCUUUUGUUAGUCCCAGCAUUAAGUGUGAAGAACUACUGAAAAAAGCUGGCACCAGCUUGUUGUCUGAUAGUGGUACGGAAUUGUUGCCUUCUGUUCUGGAGGAGAAGGUGAAGUCUGUGUAUGAUUGGCACUGUGUAGUUCUCGCAAGCAAUCGGGAGCAGAACAGUGUAACCUUCUAUCUAGGGUUGGGCCGUUCAAAGGUAUACCGGUAUCAGUCAGGACAGUGGAUUCGUGAGCAGAGUACACUGGAAUUGAGUCCUGAUACUUUGGUGCUAGCAGAGCCUGUGAUGGAGCUUAAGGGUGAAGGAAAGUCUCAGCGCAAAAUAAACACCCUACAUAUUAUUGAUGCUGUCUCUCUUGGAGGCACUGAUGUCCAUAAUUUACAUAUCACUGAGCGGUACAAAUUCUGCGAGCAGUUUACAAAAGCACUCUACAAACCUAGCCGCAUGGAUGGCACACUGUUGAGGACAAAGUGCCUGUAUGGCCUUGAGAAUGUUUCAGCCGUAUUUGAAAGAUUAGAGUUGCGUGUCAUCAAGGGUUUUGGUGGACAGAGGGGACUGGUGUACAGACUGGAUGAUGAAGAAGACCGAUUUUAUAGGCCAGGAGGGCUUCUUUUUUAUAGAGGGACCAAAGAUCCUUGGAUGAGGCACUGCAGUAGGAAAACAGGAUUCUGUUUCUAUGCUUGCCCUAGCAGAAAAGACUCCUUAUAUGAUCAGCACAGGCCAAGUGAAGCUUGUGCCUCAGCUCAGCUAUGUUUCCAGAAGCGACUAAUAUGGUUCUGGGAAGAAGGUGUAGUGGUCCAUGAUCAUCAUGUUAAGAAAGACCCAGAAAAGCUUCAGCGGGAUCAACUGUUGGAUUUUGUUGAAAGCAAGAGGGUACCCAGUGCAAAACGCUGCUGACCACAAAUUGGUCAAGAGUGCCCAUCAUAUUGUAUUGGCCAAAAGUUUUUAGAAUUGAAACAGUUUUGUUUAUUGUUAUUACAUAAUAUAUCUGUUUGGUGUGGCACUAUUAAAUUUGCAUUUUUUAAAAAGUUUUAGCUUCCUUUGUGCUCCCAUACUUGAGUGAAUACCUACAUAUAAAAAUUGAAUUUGAAACUCUGAAUUCCUCUUAUGAGCCAGUCAGAAUGUGUUAUUAAACAAAAAUACUUUUGUUACCUUAUAUGAUCAUUAAUGGCUGUGCACAGUUUUGUAAAAUGCAAGAAUUAAGGAGUAAUGUCAUUUUGUAUGAAUUGGGAUUUGUACUUAUUGAUGUGUGUACAUAAUAUCUAUAAAUACUGAAUUACUGUGAAGUUUGUGCAACACAAAUCUAAUGCACUAAGCAGAGCUGACAAUUUUCAAAUCCAUAGAUUUGUUUGAGUCUUGGUAAGAUGGUUGGUAUUACUCUAUCUGAGGAGAUAAUUUCCUUAGCUUUUGAUUCAUCAGUAGAACCAAAAAUAGUAUUUUUUUCUAGGAGUCUCAUACAUUUCUUCGCUUUAGUUCUGUGUUAUGAAUAUUAGAACAAUUGCUUUGACAGACAUCAGCAGGCUGAAAAAAAAUGAAGCACGACAACUGACGAGAAGCAUAUAUUUUCUAAAACAGUAAAUUGACUAAUUGACAGUAAGACACACUGAUGCAAAAUUCUAUUUUAGUGACUGCUAGAUAGAAACAAUUGUAGUGAUAAAGUACACCAAAAGAAAGGAAGAGAGCGUGUGCUUACAUAUGUGAUAUGUACUAUGUACAGUUAAAAUGGUAGAAGACUGGCAUAGUUUUGCUAACGUUGUGUGUAUGUCUGAUGGUGGCAAUAGAUAAUAUGUAAAGUGCUGAUGGGUACUGUGAUACAAAUAUAUUUAACAUGUUUUUUCAUUUCCUUCUUUCUUAAACUAUUACUGUAUAAAGUAAUGAAAUUAAAAUAUUACUUUCAUGUACUUCCAUUUCAUAUAAUGCUACAUUGAUCAUGAACAUGUAUUUAGUCUCAUAAAUGAUUUAUUCAGCAGACUGAUAUGUAAAGAACUUGGUUUCUACAAAGUGUUUAUAACCUGGAACUGGAUCCAUUGCAUGUGCAACUCAACAAUGUAAGCAUUAUCUAACAAGGUGUGAUUAUUAUACAUGAUGUUUCACAAUUUCUAUGACAGGUUUCUGUGUGUUGUAGAGGGGACUUAGCAGUAAAAGCUGUUAGGGAACUCAUGUCCAGAAUUGUUCCUUUGGAUUAAAAUAAGUUUGAAGAUUGGACCACUUUCAAAUCUCCCAUACACAGUCCAUACAAUGAGCUUUGACCUAUGAGCUCUACAUGAACCAUGGCAUGGGCAAAGUUUUGAUUACUUAUUCUGUUCUGUGUGAUGAAGGACAUCCUUUUCAAAGCAAAGAGUGUGGCACAUGUGUGGGACAUCAAAAUCAACCCUCCUAGUUGUGAACAUACCUGUGAAGAAACUGGUAACUAUUGUUUUAGUCAGACAUUUAUGGUAUAUGAUCUCAUAAUUACAACAGGAAAUGAUGAUGGUGCCCUCUCUUCAGUUUGGAUUCAUAUCAUGAAGCAUGAGAUUUGAAAGUGAUUCAGUAUUUAAACUUAUUUUCUCUGCAAAUGGCCCAUUUCCAGACAUGGGUUUCUUAUCAAGACUGUAUCUACUAAGGCACCUCUACAACCCAUAGAAGUCUGUAAUAGGAAUUGUGAAACAUGCUGUGUACUUGGUGCAUAAUUUUGGUUGCUUUUUGUGCUAGUUUCUGUUUCUCUCUCAAAUAUUCAAUGUAUAUGUAGUAAGAUACCCUCUCAGAAUGUAAUUACAUGAGUGGAUGCCCUACAUGACUUCUCUCUCAUUAUAUUAAAAAUUAAAGUAGAAAGGCAUCUGUCAGUGAAAAUAUUUGUGAGGGCUUGUGGUGAGUAAACAUCUUUUUUUAAAUCCAUUAAAGGAAUCAGUACUUCAGGAAAGUCAUUUGUAAGUGUGUGUCUUGAUAUGAAAACGGCCAGUGUAAUUUAUAACAAUUUUUAGACGACAGACAUUGAAAACCAAACACACAGAAAAAGAGGGAGUGGGUUGGGGGACAUCCCAAGGUGGUGGUUUCUUCAACACCAACUUGGAUCAGUAGUUACUACAUGCAUCAAGUUUUAGUGCUCAUGACUUUGUCAUACAACUUUUUUAAUCAUAUUGACUUCGUUGUACUAAUAAGUGCUAGACACAAAAUUCUAAGUGUGAUUAUCACAUUACACAACUUUUCUCUGUACUAUUGAAACUCAGUCCAAGGCUUUUCCCAGUAUUGCCACGCAAUAAAUUGCAAAAGGUAGAUGAUACUAUUUGUAGCAAUUAAAACUGCAGAUUGUGGCAAAUGCGGUAAUGUGUCAUACUCUUUUGCAAUUAAUAUGUAAUUUAAUGUCUCUAUUAUGUCUUUGUUAUGUACAAAUCUUAUUUGUAGCAAUUAAAGCUUUAAACUGCUGUAACAAGUCCUUACCUUUGACGGCAAUUUAAUGUGUCCAAACUGCUAAGUGUAGUACUUCAACUGCAGCAAGAAAACCAGUUUAAUAAAUGUAAUAUCUGGUA